CUGGGUAUAUUUGUUGUAUAGAAAAUGCCAGAUUCACGCGACGAUUACAGCCGGAGACGGCACCGAUCCCCCUCCGGCUCUCCGGCUCCAGACCGCGAUCAACGCCAGCGACGCCGUGACGAGGACCGUGGCAGCGAUUCCGGGCAUCGCGAAUCUCAUCGAAGCUCCCGAAGAGAUAGCUCGCGACGACGGUCAUCCCGCAGCCCGGCCGACCGACGAAGCCACAGAAGAGAUUACGACAGUCGCCGUAGUGAGCGCAGGGAUAAGGAGGAUGUCUCAGAGGAUGACCGGAGAAGACGCCGACAUACUUCCGAUCGAGAGUCUUCAUACCGUCGUCACCGUGACCGAGAUUCGUACGACAGAAAGGAGAAGUCUUCUCGCAGACGACGUGAUUACUCGCGAUCCCGCUCGCCUACAAGGCGCUCGCCGGGCCCGGACUCGCGCGCGCCAGUACGAUCAAAAGCGCCCCUACCUCCGCAGCAGGAUGCAUAUACCUCGUCUGAAGUAGCACGGACUGGAGAGUCGGAAGGCCCUCCUCCGGAGAAGGAGAAGCCCAAUUUCGCCCAAACUGGGCGAUUGGCUGCAGAGAGCAAGACUGUGAAUGUUAAUGGUAGCUCUGUCGUUCUCAAAUACCACGAGCCCCCGGAAGCGCGCAAACCCCCAGCAAAGGAACCGUGGCGAUUCUAUGUGUUCAAAGGGCAGGACCUUCUUGAAAUGGUGGAAUUGGGUAUACGCAGUUGUUGGCUGAUUGGGAAAGAGCAAUUGGUUGUGGAUUUUCCUCUAGAGCAUCCGAGUUGCUCUAAGCAGCAUGCCGCGCUGCAGUUUCGCUUUGUCGAGAAGAGGAAUGAAUUUGGAGAUCGAAUCGGACGUGUCAAGCCUUAUCUGAUUGACCUGGAAAGCGCCAAUGGCACUACGGUGAACGGAGACGCGAUUCCCGCUGGUCGGUACGUGGAGCUGCGGGAUAAGGAUGUGGUCCAGUUUGGCCUCAGCUCCCGCGAAUACGUCCUUAUGCUACCUCCGCCUGAAUAGGCUUGAUAUCUUACUGACAUUACUCCGCAUUGAUCUUUCAAUGCGAUGGGUACCUUGGAGAAUCAUCCAAUCUUCGACAUUGGCUUCAAGUCCCGUUUUCGGAAACAUACCUCGUGGAUAUAAACCCCGUUCAGUACUUCGUUCGGCAUACUUGUCAAAGCCCCUGACAGUUCGUGCCAUCCAAUUUCCCAUGUUUUCCAAAACGUAUGAUGAAACUCCGAGCUGUUCGCGAAAGCAGGCUUGCUCACCUUAACGAGUGAUUCGUGUGGAGUUGCUUGAGAUAACACGUUCGGCACAUGUGUUGCCGUGGAUACUCUUAUUUCAUCCUCCAAUGCAUUCGCUCCAUCCACCAACACAAAACCUCUUCUUAUGCUCAGCUGAAUGAUGAACCAACGGUCAUUAUUCGGGGAGCAGGCCAACUGCUACGCAGGCGUCAAAUAUACUCCCGGCGCGCUUGCUCAUCGAAGGCUGGCAUUGCGAUAGGCUUAAAUGAAUACCUGUGUAACGAUGCCUUUUAGUCUGAAGUUCUCAUGUGUAAAUAUUUACUGAGGCAGCAUCGAAUAACCUUGGGGAAGGGACAUGCUCAGGAGCCAGAGACGUAGACAGCCGAGUCAAACAAAGAGAGGAUUUGGAGGAUUUGCAAAUGCCUCCUGACAAGUAAGGAUAUUCCGCCCUUACUAGGAGUUACUACUGGCUAGUAUCAGUAUAAAUCAG